UCAGCAGCCUUUGCCCCAUGUUAUUCUUCCUCAUCCCCGAGCCUCAGACCAGUUUCCUGCAACCCUCUGCUCUUGUGGCCUCUUUCUUUACUUUCCCAACUACUACAAUCCUCUGAAGUGUCUCUAAGACAGCCAUUAGCAUGAUCCUUCUAGAGAAGGGUGUAGCGUGGGAAGAAAGAGGGGAGAAAUCACCAUCUCUUAAACUGCCUCUCCCAAGUUCCACAUGGAAAAAUAUGGGGCAAGUAGGAGAAAGCUGACCCCGUAGGGCUCAGAGAGGCUGAAACCUGAAAGCCCAAAGGUGACCAGGGUUGCACUGCAGCUCGGCAGAAACCAGGCACGCUGCCUCCCAGGGAGCAUCUGUGGGCUCUUGCUCCUGUCUCUUUGGCCAUUCUUUGCCAAUUCCAAUACUUCCUGUCCCUUGGGGUCCCUGUUGGCAUUGAGCAGGGUGAGUCGAGGGGCUCUCAGCACCUAGAGGACUCCUUCUUUUCUGUCACUUCAGCCAGCCUCCAGUGGUCAUUGUAGUCACCAUCUUCCUGAUACUGCCCAGACCCUGGCACCCAGAAACCUACUUUAAGUCGACAGGCUCUGUACACUGCCUGUGCCCAGACACCUGCUGUGCCAGCCAAGGGCUCCCUUCCUCCCCACCCCACAGUGUCUGCUCAGACGCUCUCUCUCCUCACUUACCUACACCUCCCUGGCUCACAAUCUGUCCCUUGAGAAUUACUCAGACAGCUCAGGCCAAAGAGGGCAAGAACUCUCCUUUGGAUUCACACACUGGACUAGAAACAAAAAACCAUAAGGAGGGAUACAAGAGAAGCCUAAGACUGAGCACCAAGCAACAGAACUCAGAACCUGGGCAUCGUUUGGGUGCCGCAUACACCCCAACUUCAUCUGUAGGAUUGAAGAGGGAAUGGAUGUGGCCACAGCUCCAAAGCAGGCCUGGACCCCGUGGUGCCCCCUCCUUUUCCUGCUCCUCCUGCCCGGAGGGAGCAGUGGCAGCUGCCCUGCUGUGUGUGACUGUAGCUCCCAGCCCCGGGCAGUGCUCUGUGCUCACAGGCGACUGGAGGCUGUACCUGGGGGACUCCCGCUGGACACUGAGCUCCUGGACCUGAGUGGGAACCACCUGUGGGGGCUUCAGCGGGGAAUGCUCUCCCGCCUGAGCCUGCUCCAGGAACUGGACCUCAGCUACAACCAGCUCUCCACCCUGGAGCCCGGGGCCUUCCACGGCCUGCAAAGCCUACUGACCCUGAGGCUGCAGGGCAAUCGGCUCAGAAUCAUGGGGCCUGGGGUCUUCUCAGGCCUGUCUGCCCUGACACUGUUGGACCUCCGCUUCAACCAGAUUGUCCUUUUCCUAGAUGGAGCUUUUGGGGAGCUAGGCAACCUCCAGCAGCUGGAGGUUGGGGACAACCACCUGGUGUUUGUGGCUCCAGGAGCCUUUGCAGGGCUGGCCAAGCUGAGCACCCUCACCCUGGAGCGCUGCAACCUCAGCACAGUGCCUGGUCUGGCCCUCGCCCGUCUCCCAGCACUAGUGGCCCUUAGGCUUCGAGAGCUGGAUAUUGGGAGGCUGCCAGCUGGGGCGUUACGAGGGCUGGGGCAGCUGAAGGAGCUGGAGAUCCACCACUGGCCAUCUCUGGAGGCUCUGGACCCUGGGAGCCUGGUUGGGCUCAAUCUCAGCAGCCUCGCCAUCACUCGCUGCAACUUGAGCUCGGUGCCCUUCCAAGCACUGCACCACCUGAGCUUCCUCAGAGUCCUGGAUCUCUCUCAGAACCCUAUCUCAGCCAUCCCAGCCCGAAGACUCAGCCCCCUGGUGCGACUCCAGGAGUUACGACUGUCAGGGGCGUGCCUCACCUCCAUUGCUGCCCAGGCCUUCCAUGGCUUGACUGCCUUCCACCUCCUGGAUGUGGCAGACAAUGCCCUUCAGACACUAGAGGAAACAGCCUUCCCUUCUCCAAACAAACUGGCCACCCUGAGGCUGUCUGGCAACCCCCUAACCUGUGACUGCCGCCUCCUCUGGCUGCUCCGGCUCCGCCACCACCUGGACUUUGGCACAUCCCCUCCUGCCUGUGCUGGCCCCCAGCAUGUCCAGGGGAAGAGCCUGAGGGAGUUUUCAGACAUCCUACCUCCAGGGCACUUCACUUGCAAACCAGCCCUGAUCCGAAAGUCAGGGCCUCGAUGGGUCAUUGCAGAGGAGGGGGGGCAUGCCGUUUUCUCCUGCUCUGGAGAUGGAGACCCAGCCCCCACUGUCUCCUGGAUGAGGCCUCAGGGGGCUUGGCUGGGAAGGGCUGGGAGAGUAAGGGUCCUAGAGGAUGGGACACUAGAGAUUCGCUCCGUGCAACUGCGGGACAGAGGGGCCUAUGUGUGUGUGGUCAGCAACGUAGCUGGGAAUGACUCCCUGAGGACCUGGCUGGAAGUAAUCCAAGUUGAACCACCAAAUGGCUCCCUCUCCGACCUCAACAUCACCGUGCCAGGGAUCCCAGGGCCCUUCUUUCUAGAUAGCAGAGGCCUGGCUAUGGUGCUGGCUGUCGGCUUCCUCCCCUUCCUCACCUCAGUGACCCUCUGCUUUGGCCUGAUUGCCCUCUGGAGCAAGGGCAAGGGCCGGGUCAAACAUCACAUGACCUUCGACUUUGUGGCACCUCGGCCCUCUGGGGAUAAAAACUCUGGGGGUAACCGGGUCACUGCCAAGCUCUUCUGACCUUUCCUUCCACGCUGGUGACCCAGCCAAGUCAGCUCCAGAUUAAAAAAGGGGAAAACAGAACCAAGCCUACUUGGACCAGAACCUAGUCCCAAGCAGCACACGUCGCCACACCUCCCGCCUGCACUGUGCCAGCAACUAGUGCCUCUGCUACAGUCUGCUUCCCUGAGCUUUCCCCAUCUGUCCUCUCUUCUCUGAGGGUCCCAGGGAGCUGCAGAUACAGACCCUAUAGUCAGUCCAGCCCUCUUUGGUCCCCCACCCCUUCCACACACACAAAGCAAGAAACAUAACCAAGGCUGCAGUCUGCUAGUCUAACCACUGGGCUUUCUUCACACACACUUACAUCUUUUAAUAACCAAUACCACUUACCAACCACAGCUACAAGAUUAUUUCAGAGGUGGGGCUGGGAAGUGCCAUUUCCUUCCUGGAGUCUCUAUUCCUCAACCAGGCAGUCUCCCUUUCUUUUCUGUUACCCUUCCCCACCCCUACCCUUGCCCCUAGGCUCCAGGAACUAGAGCCCAGGGCUCUGAGGCUAUGGAGAAGAGGAUGGGGACAGCCCACACACUGGUACUGUGUCUGCAUGAGCCUCCACCACCUUCCUCUGUCCAUCAGACCAUUAAACCUGCUGCCAGAAGGCCACAUCGGUAGCAGCCAAACCUAAA